CCCUACAGCUGGGUUGUAAUGGGCCAUGUCUCACUCUCCCUCCAGCCUUCGAAGCUGUUUCCCCUGCUAUGAUGCCAGGGCAGAUCCCUGACCCGUCUCUGACGGCUGGUGCGCUGCCCGGGCUCGGCCCCUUGACGGGACUGCCUGGCACAGCGCUGACCGCCGAGGAGCUGAAGUACGCUGACAUCCGCAACAUCGGGGCCAUGAUCUCACCGCUCCACUUCCUGGAGGUGAAGCUUGGCAAGAGACCCCAGCCCGUGAAAAGUGAGCUGGAUGAGGAAGAGGAGAGGAGGAAAAGGCGCCGUGAGAAAAACAAAGUAGCAGCAGCACGAUGUCGUAACAAGAAAAAGGAGAGGACGGAGUUCCUGCAGCGGGAGUCCGAGCGCCUAGAGCUCAUGAACGCCGAGCUGAAGGCCCAGAUAGAAGAGCUGAAGCAGGAGAGGCAGCAGCUGAUCCUGAUGCUGAACCGGCACCGUCCCACAUGCAUCGUGCGGACAGACAGCAUCAAGACGCCUGAGAGCGAAGCCAACCCACUGCUGGAGCAGCUAGAGAAGAAGUGA